CUCUGCGUAAUCAGGCUGCUCCAGCGCUGCGGCGCACCAAGCCUCACAACACUUUGCUGUUUGAUAAGACUACUUGGAAGAAGAGCGCAAACUACCGUCCUGACCUGCUAGAGGAUCUCAGCUUACUGAGGCUGGACUUUGGGACGGUUCAAGGAGAAAGGACUCUCGCUGUCAUUUUGGAUUUAAACAAUUUUCCUGUGAUAUUAUUUUUUUAACACGAUUGGAAUACUUUUUCUCUCUCGGAUACUUUGCUGGCUUUGUAACUUCAUCGAUCUGUCUUAGUAGUACACUUUUGAAACGCGUCAAGGCGCACGGGAACUUUGUUUUUUGGAAAACAGUGUUUGUAAUCCAGGAUGCCUGAAGUGGAUCUUAGACUUUAGAAGUGCGCGACUCCAUCUCGAGACUUGAGGGAGGUGGAGGGGGGGCACCACCAGCGUGGACAGAGCUCGGACGCGCGCGCAGACUCGCAGCCGGAGCCGCCGCUGUCCUCCUCGCGCGCAGUGCUGAGCGGAGAGCCUCGCGCGCGCCUCCAUAAAUGCCCGGUCCGUCGAAUAGGCUUGAGGCUGGGCAGCAAGAUGAGCUCGUGGGUGCAUCUGCUGCUGCUCGCGCUGCUGGCCGCGUGGCUGCGUUCUGGUGUCGCCAGGGGGGACGCUCUGCCUGCAGCUCUGGUGGAGCUGGUUAGAAACACUCCCAUCUCCUCCAUAGAAGACCUUCAGCUGCUGCUGCUCUCUGACUCCGUAGAUGAGCAGGAUGAGUCUGCAGCCAACGGAGGUCACAGACUGCCACGGAGCCUGGACGCUCAGCCGGCUCAGCAGGCGCUGUGUAAAGUUCGCACUGAGGUGGUGGAGGUCACCCGGGCGAUGCUGGACCGCAGCAACGCUAAUUUCCUGCUAUGGCCUCCAUGCGUGGAGGUGCAGCGCUGCUCCGGCUGCUGCAACACCAAGAGCUUGCAGUGUGUCCCUGUUGUCACACACACCAGAUACCUGCAGGUCUUGAAGAUUGAAUACAUCAAUAAAAGGCCGACGUAUGCCAAAGCGGUGGUGUCGGUCGUGGACCACGUGGAAUGCAGAUGUCAGCUGGCUCCACGCCUCCCGGCGGUCAAGAAAAAGUCCUCUCGCAGGCAGCACAGCCACCUGCAUCGGAACCAGACGCUCAGCCAAGCACCUGUGCAGGAACAGGUGAAGCUGCACCCUAAAGAUGAGCUGCAUCAGCUGGAUGAGCUGAAGCAGAACCAGAGGGCCCAUCUGGAGGACCUGUUGGAGCAGCACUGGAGCUCCAGAGGAGACACUUUCACGCAGCCCGGUGAAGGCUACAGCCUCGCCGAGGAGGACGCGUCUCGCUCUGGAGAGGCUGUGUUCUUUGCUCCGCACUGGGCUCAUAAUUCCACCAGGCUUCUUGGAGCUGAAGAGCAAACAGGGAAGCAGGAGGAUGCAGAGAGGAAGGGUGAGAAAGUCUCAGAGGACAACAAAACUUUCUCCACAGGAGACACUGUUGGUCUGGAGGCCAGGAGGGAGCUGGAAGACAAUGUGGACGGGCUGAAAAAGACUAAAGGGAAAGACAAUACAGAAAACACACACAUACAAACACACAACCAGCAAAGAAAAGAUCCCAUCUUGAAGAGCCACACAAGUGGACUUUAUCAGCAGGUUACUGAAAGCCCUCGAGAAGAUGUCCUGAUUGAGAGGCUUGGAAGCAGAUUCCAACCCACCAAAGAACCAAAUCCAGAACCUAGAAGGAGAGAAAACGAGACUCCAGAGGUGGAGAGGAUUUUACAGAUGGAGGAGGAAAAAUUAGAGGCAGAGAGAAAAGAGCUGCUUCUUCUUCACAAGAGGCUGGACCAGGAGAAGGAGGUGCUGCGACAGCAACAGAACAGAAGAGAGGAGGAGCCUGGAGACGGCCAACACCAUUCUGUAAAAACAGUCACACAGAAACCAGAGACAACAACAACCACCACGCGCAAACCAUCGGCUCCAACAGUGCCUAGACUUCUGCUUCGUCCAAACCACAUAAAGAAACGGAUGAAGAAGAACCGCAAGCGGAUCAGCAAGGCAGCAAUGAGAGCGAUGCUCAUGUAGAACUGAGAGGAUCCCGGAGAAACAGCAAUCAAGGAGCUUUUUGAAGACAAUCCCUUUUGUUCACGUAUUUAUUCAUUUGUCGUUUAACCAGCUCUUCCUGUGAGAUCUUCCCAGUAACACUACUAAUGACUGAUGCUGAACCUGUAACUAUUCCUGGAUGGAGUUCACAGGAGUGGGGAAAAAAGGAUAGAAAAAAGGAUUUUCUCAGGACAAUAAUGCUUGCCUUGACGGCAGAUGUAAGGAAGAAGCACCAAAGGAGACUCAAUGACUGACAAAUUGCAUGAGUGAAGAAGCCCGGCUGUACAACUGUGGAAAAUAGUGCAAUUUCAGAACUCUUCCUGAAUCCUUGUUUAGAUAUCAGCAGAGAGAAGCUGCACUUAAAUGUGUUCACGUCGGGUGUCGGAAAUCAAAACUUUAUUUUAAGCUGAAAUAAAACUAAAUUUGGAGGAAAAAAAUGGUGAAACAGAGACAAAUGUUGGUUUGUAAUUGGAUAACCAUCAAGAUUACCAAAAUAACUAACAACAUAAAUGCUAUGUGUGAUAUCAGUCAUUAGCAUAUUAAUGUGAUGGUCUGUCUUUAACCGUAUGCUUCGUUAUAUGUAACACUGGAACAAAAAAUGUGGUGAGAGGAGUCAAUAGCAUCCAGCCAGAUCUGUGAGAUGUUUGCUACUAUCUUUAUUUAUUUGUCUUUACUGUCACAGUGGAAAUAAUGUCCCAUACAAAUACUGCAAAAAGCAAUGUCGCUCAGAUAAAAGCCACAGAUCUGUUCUGUCCUGGUGGUUGUCAAGAUUAAAGAAAUAAAUAUGCAAAAUUCUCCAUGUCCUACCAGCUCAGGAGAACAUUUGUGGCCAAAAAAAAAAAAGUUUGAGCACAUAUCCCAGUAGGAAUUGCUUUUUCUUCAUUUUUGUCUCUUUUUUUCCCCUCUGUUUUCAUUGCAAAUUGUCCUUCAGAUAAUACAUUCACUCUCUGUAAUCGGACAAUCACAAUCUUUGGUCAUUUACAGCUGGGCUGUCCAGGCCAGGUCCUUGUCAUUUUCCAUCCGUUCUUGCUUUACUUGCAUUUAAUAAACUGAAUCAGCUUUGUUGGGUCAAUCCGGACCUGGAAUCAUGUGGUCAAAAAAA